UGUUUCAGAUUUCGCUUGAACUUUUUAAACCCGCAGCUGCUGUCAAGCAAAAACCUAGGGACUUUCGUUUUGUCACUAAGGUGGCAAUGGUUUUUUCCUUUGGCAGCUAACAAAAGUUACAGGUUAUUUCGCAUAGCUGUCAUUGGUUUUGACUUUGUAGUGUGUAUAAGUAUGUCUAGUCAAGAACAGAAAAUAAAUAAUUUAUUAGAUCGAUUAAGACAAGAAGGUAAUCCUCCACGCAGCCCCCAAAUGUCCGGUAAAAAUGUCCCCAGAAAUAAUGGUGAUGUUGCUCACAGUCGCCCCCCUCUUCAAUUGGACAUUACUGGCCCUAGCAAGAGUAGGCCUAGGGAUUUGGCGUUCUCAGCCAGAAGCAAUGACAACUUAGAGACUGAUAACAAAUUGAAAGAAAUUAUGAAGAUUAGUGGUAACUUAACUAUUAACAACAAAACAUAUGAAACAAAUAUUAAGGAUAUGGAGAGGCUUGAAGAGUUGGGGUUUGGGACCUGCGGGCACGUUAUCAAAAUGAGGCACAAACCUAGUAAUGAAAUAAUAGCUGUCAAACAAAUGAGGCGCUCAGGUAACACAGAAGAAAAUAAAAGGAUAAUAAUGGACAUAGAAGUGGUUUUAAAAUCACACGACUGUAAAUACAUAGUUCAAUGUUUAGGUUGUUUUAUUACUGACACAGAAGUUUGGAUAUGCAUGGAAUUAAUGACUACUUGUUUUGAUAAAUUACUCAAAAGGUUAGGGAAACCGAUACCUGAAGAAAUAUUGGGUAAAGUGACAGUUGCGACUGUGGAAGCUUUAUCAUAUUUAAAAGAUAAACACGGCGUGAUACACAGGGACGUCAAGCCCUCAAACAUCCUCCUAGACACUAAAGGCCACGUCAAACUUUGUGAUUUCGGUAUCAGCGGCCGCUUAGUCGACUCAAUGGCCAAAACAAGAAGUGCAGGCUGUGCCGCAUAUCUAGCUCCUGAACGCAUCGAACCUGAUCCGAAAAAUCCAGAUUAUGACAUUCGCGCCGACGUGUGGUCCUUGGGGAUCACCCUAGUUGAGUUAGCAACUGGCGUGUUUCCAUAUCCCAACUGCACCACCGACUUUGAAGUUCUAACGAAAGUAUUAGGCCAGGAUCCGCCGAGUCUUCCUGAUACUUUUAGUCCGGAGUUUAGGGAAUUUGUCAAGUGUUGUUUGAUUAAAGAUCAGAAACAGAGGCCUAAAUAUGCGAAAUUGAAGUCUUUGGCUUUUAUUAAAAAGUAUGAGACUAAGCACGUCGAUGUGGGGGAGUGGGCGGUAAAAGCGCUUAAGGAAGCAGACGCUGUGGCUGGUACAACAGCGCCUAGAUCGAACAUCGCCCAAUCCACCCUCCGUCGUUUUUUUACCUCGCAUCAACGGCAACCACCCACCACCCAACAUCUUGCUCAAUACCUGACGAACAUCACCAACGGCAACGCGCAGUGCCAGUACAAACCGCUGAAGCCCCCCGAGCCCGCCGCCAAGGGCGGCCAAGAGCCGCCGUCCGCCUACCAGAACCUGCCGCCGGACUCGCGUGGGGGCCACAUCUCUCGUCUCGCUACAUUCCAAUCACUCAAUCACCAAAGAAACGAUAAUCAGCCAUAUCCGCACCAAAGGACAGCCGACCUACCACACCAAAGCACCACCGAACCCGAUAGCCUGUACAGAACUUACUCGCCGUUCAAAGCAUAUCAGAAUCACGUGGCCGCCGCCAAGUCGCAGCGGGGGCGGGACAACGAGGCGCCGGAGACCUCCGGCGGCGCGGUCUCGCCGUUCCCGCAGAGGCGGAGCGAGAGCUGGAAGUCGCCGACCGGCUCGCCGCUGCCGCUGAGGGCGCAGAGCCAGGAGCAGUACAACUGCGGGAACACGAGUCCGAUUAUACUGCAGAGGUUCUUCCACCAGCAGAAGCAGCAGCAGCUGGCGAAGGAGGCCGAGGAAUCCGGAAAGAAAAGGUUUGCCUCCUAUAUUAAGCUGCAGUUGGGCGGCGACAGGAGCGGGCGGUCGUCGAGGCACCAGAGCCCGGAACCGCCACCCAGAGUCAACCGAGCCGCCAGUAGCGAAAACCAGAGCCCUCUAGCGUUGCACAGGAAUUUUUUAGAAUCGAACUCGCCGAGUCUGUCAAGGAGGUACAUCUCGCCAACGCCGCCUGUCCCGCCCCCGCGACGACUCUCCGAGAGCACAUCAGUGCCUGGCUCUCCGCAACACCUGAGAGCGAGGUUUCACUACACCCCCGAACCGCAGAGGCGCUUAUUCCACAACAACGACGUGUCAUAACAGCUGUAGGUUAAAUUAGUGUGAGUACUUACCAUAUUCAGGUCAUCAAAUUGGAUAAUAAUGAAACGCCAAUUAUGAUUUUUUAAUCGGAAACUAAUUGCCUUUAUAGUAUUGCUGCUGCAGGGUGUAAAGAAAUAAGCUAAAGCUUUUCGAUUUUAAUGGUGCUUGAGAUUUUUUGUUAACGAUAUUCAAAUCAACGUGAACGACGACCGAAUAAUUAAGCAAGCUUCCAACUAUCAACAUUUUGUCAAUAAAUAAAUGUAAUUUACUAAAAUUAAGGUUAGUAUUGCUGCAUAGGCCAAGUUUAGAAGUCGAAGCGACACCACAUAAGCCAAUUUGAAAACAGCACCCUGUAUAUUUUUGAAAAUCUCGGUGGUGCAGUUGUCGCGGUCGUACAAUCCGUAGGUCGGGACCAGGGGCGGCUGGUCAGGGGCGGCAGGGUCGGCCACGCCGUACCAGUCAUUUUAAAAUACUUAGUAAGCGUUGAAAUUAGAAAAUAAAAAAAGAAAUAAAGUUUGAAUGUACGUUAGGAUAGACCAUAUAUAUUAAAAAUAUAUUUUAUUAUAUUGUAGGUACAAAAUAAAGCAUUUGUUGCUAAUUUUAAAUGCUGAUAAACACGCUUUGCCGGCGAGAUUUCGGCAAGCCGUACCCAGGAAUGCAUUAUGCUCGAUGUUUCGACUUCGUAGCAGCUUACGGUUUCAUCGUUCUCUUUGUCUAGUACACUGUAGUAGACAAAGACCUGGCGGAACGUAUGUUGUGCCAGGUCCGGCGAAAUCCUCCUUCGCCGUACCCAGCAACGCGAAUUUAGUUUUUAAAACGCUUAAUAUUUAAGAUAGCUAACCAAAUUACAAAACAAUAACGGCUUCGAUGUUCUUCACUGCAUACUAUUUUUUUUUAAUAAUAAUUGUCGAUUUAAUACAUUUUUCUGUGUAUGAAUAAUAAACGAAAAAAAUUACAUUAAAUUAUCUAAAAUUUUAUUUUUCGUACAUAACUUAGCUACAACAUAAAUGCGCUUUUUCUGUAUUUUUAGCAUCUAAGCGUUUUCAGAUAUUUCAGAAACGAAUUUAAAGUUUUAAAUCAUUUUAAUUUUUCAAUUAUUCAAUUAAUUUAUUUGACAAUUUGUCAUAUACAUUAAAAAAAAUAAAUGUAAAUGAAGAUAGUUAACAGUUGGUACUUUUAUUAUUACUUUUUUUAUAUUUUUUAACUGCAUGUCAUUAUUUAAUUAUUAUUAUUUAAUUGUGGAUGUCCGGGGUCGGCAAGCCGUAUAGCCGCCGGUCGACGGGGAACUCAGUAAAAAUAAUGUUUCGGUGGUUCUCAAUUAAUGAUAAAGCAGAACAAGUAGAAUUAAGGAUUAAUAGUAUUUGGAAUCAAACUGACAUUGUCAAUUUCCUAUAAAAAAUUAUUUUAACAGGUCGAAACAUUUGAGAUGUUUUGUACAUCCUGGCACGUAAAAUGUCAGUGGUUAAUGAAUAGUAGCCAUACAUUACAAAAAUAUAUAACACCAAGGUGUAGACUCAAAAUAUUUGGCCGACCCGAAAUUUUGACCCACCAGCCGCCACUGGUCGGGACACUGCCACGAAAAAGUCAAAACAAAAAGUAACAUCGCAGGUGGCGAAAUAAAAAUGACAGGAUUAGGUUAACAAAUUUUGUCACUUGUUUGUCUAGUCUGUGACAGUUCUAUGGUGGCAUAAUUUGUUAAUAGUACUAUACCCUAACCUAUCUACCUCUACAGCCAUGGCUUUUAACGAGAGGAGCGAAGGCAUGUCAAGUUUGACGUUUCAGCGUAACCUUGAAAUAUAUUUUUUUACAUCAUUAGCUUAUAUUAGUGUCAAAUUUAUAUUUAAGGGUACGUUCGAAAAUAUGUUUCGAACAAAUAAGAUAUUUUGAAGUUGAUAUCGCUUUCGUGUAACAAUUUUUUUUUUAAUUGCGAACAAUUAUCACUGCCUUCGUCCGAAUUUAAACCGUGCACGUUGGUUUGAGUACUGUCGAAUUUACGAAGCGUCUUUGGUUUUAUUAUCGUGUGUUCUGCUGUGUUUUUGAAACAUAGUCACUUUACAUUACUAGUCUUUAAUCCGUCAGGAUGUUGGUUGCUGGUCCUGUGUAUUAUUAAUUUUAUAAGUAAUUUAUCAUUUUAAAAUCACAUCUAUAAUUUUAGCGUUAAAUGACUUCAAGAUUUAAAGCAAACAAUUUAUUGGACUGAUAUUUAUUAAAAUUACUCGUUAGUCUGUUCCUUUGGAGAAAUGGUCUACACUGGAACUGUUUCGAGUGUGGACGAUUUCUAGUUUGACGUUGCGUCGAGUCGAAGCGACAUUGUUUUGAUUAAACUAAUCAAGCAUUGCCUCGACGGAAUGUCAAUUCGGUUUCCUAUUUUUUAAUGUCACAAUUAAAACGUGGAGACUGAUUUAGUUCUUUUUAUUUUUCUGCUAUGUUAAUAUUUAUUGAAUCUUUGUAAUUAACAUGAGUUUAGAAAAACUACUAAAUGCUCUAAUUUAAGAUAAUUUUAAAGGCUGUUAAUUCUGUCAUUUGUCAACAUUUCACAAGUAUUGCAACUCUAAAAUUCAUUCGCAGUUUGUUGUACCCGUUAUUCGUUUUUGUUACAGGUUUUAAUUCUUUUUAAUCACAAUAACGAUAAACUUGUUGUUAUUGUUUGUUUGUAAAUAAUUAAAGAUGCCAUACCUGAUAUUACUGUAUAGUUUAAUUUAAAAGAUGUAAAUAUUACCUACCUGAUUAUAAUUAAAAGAUAUUUUAAAACGA